GGUUGGGUAGCACAAAGCGGCGCAGGGUCAAUCAACUACGAAAACAUGGCCACCACGCUCGAAAUCAAGUCGUCCGUGGUGAAACCUCGCCCAAGUUCGCGCAUGCUGAGCUUGCGGAACCUUCUGCAUGUCCCUCGGUCCGAGUCCAAGCGGGGGUUCAAUCCGUUCGUGUACCAGACCCCGACAAUGUCCACAUACGAGCGCGUCAAGACGGUGGUAAUGUGCGUGUUGCUCGUUCCGGUCAUUCGCGUGCUGUUGGUCCUAGUGCUGUUGAUUCCCGUGGUGCUGCUUGCCACUCUUGGCACGCUCGGCCACUCGCAUCAAGACAAGGACGGCCACCUCUUGCCCAUGUCCCGAUGGCGGCGAUGCGUCGUAUACCCCAUCCGAUGGUUCCUUCGCGCGAUUCUGUUCGUGUUUGGGUUUUACUACAUCAAGGUGUCGCAUGCACCGAAAUCCAGCGCCGCUCCCACUCAGUUGCUCGUCGCCAACCAUAUUGGGUUCAUCGACGGCCUCUUCUUUGGCGCGUACUGCUUCCCGAGCGUCGCCGUGCGUGGCGACCUGGGCAGCGCCCCCAUCAUCGGCCCCGUUCUUCGCGCGAUGGACCCAGUCCUCAUCGACCGCAAAUCUGCGGCCGGUCGCAAGAAAGCAUUCACAGACAUCCACGACCACAUGACGGACACGAGGUUUCCGCCGCUUUUGAUCUUCCCCGAAGGCACAACGUCGAGCCAGGACUACUUGACCAAGUUCAAAAAGGGCGCGUUCGCCGCCGGCCUGCCCGUGCAGCCAGUGGUGCUCAAGUAUCCGUUCCGACACUUUGACAUCAGCUGGCCGCCGGGGGUGUCUGCCGGGUACCUCGUUCUCCGCAUGCUGUGCCAAGUGCACAUGCCGAUGGACGUGUCGUUCCUGGCGCCGUACACGCCGUCGGACGCCGAGCGCGCGAACCCCGAUCUGUUUGCCGAAAACGUGCGCCAGGUCAUGGCCAAACCGAUAAACGCCAAGUGCACGAACCACACGUUCGAAGACGUGCGACUGCUCUGCGAGGUGGGCGCGUACGCGUCCAAGAGCGUGGCGCCGGUGACAGACGUCAGCGAGAUCUUCCAGCUCACGCACCUCACGGACGCCGCCGUCACGGACCUCGUCCGCCACUUUGCCGCGGCAGACACGAACGGCGACGGCAAGAUCAACUUGCAGGAGCUCACGUCCCGGCUGGACGAAGAGCCGGCGUUCGUCGCGCGGUUGUUUGAGUUGCUCGACCAGGAUGACGACGGCCAAGUGGACUUUCGGGAGCUGUGCAUCGGACUCUCGACGCUCAACCAGGCGCAGACACCCGUGACCUUGGCGCACCUCUACCGCCUCGCGUUCCACUUGUACGAUGCCGACGGAAAUGGCCAUUUGUCCGCAGCCGAGGUGACACACAUGCUCCAGUCCACCCGCGCCCUGUCGGGGCUUCACGAAGACCCAGCCGCCGUCGACGCGCUGGUCCAGGCGUUUGAUGUGGACGGAGACGGAUUGAUUUCGCUGGACGAGUUUGCAAAGAUGGCGCGGGCACACCCGCACGUGCUCACACAGGUCGUGGACCGAUUGAGUGUGCUGCGGACGCUGGAACCAGUUGAAGAUGGAGGGGGGGCAAUUAUUCGUUGAGAUACAAUCCCAGGGUAUGAAGUGGCUGGCUGUACCAAGGGGGGGUCUGCGGCGGUUUAGUAGGGCAAUGAAAGCUAUGAUGGCGAGGAGCACCGUGGUAUUGUAACAACAGGACGCUCGACAUUGUGAAGACCCAAGCAACCGCGAUCACAAUUGCUCUGAAUAUACUAAGUCUUGGAGAUAAUGUUAUGAAGUCAAGAUUCAAGUUAUAACAAUGUAGAAUCAGCCACGACCCC